AUGGAUAACGAGUGGAAGAACGCAAAGUUGAAAUUAGAAAAACUUUUCGCUGACGACGAGAUGCGUGGUACAAUUAAAGGUCAACUUCUAAGGAUUGAUAUGAAGAACCGACUUGAAUAUUUCGAAGGAAGUGAUAAAGAAGUUAAGGCUUCUCUUAGUACACUUCUUUUAG